AAACCCUAAUUCUGCAACUGAGCAAAGAACAAGAAUCAGUAUCAAUGGAGUUUGAGAAGAGAAAGUUAGCAACUUUAUCUUCCAUGAAUUCACCAGAACCAGAUAAAUCACCAAAAGGCAACAUAGACGCACCAAUUAUCCCUUUACUCAACACUCUUAACUCACAUCCUUCAUAUUUCACUACCAGUUCUUGUUCUGGCCGUAUCUCCAUUCUUUCACAACCUAUCAUCCCCAUAACCAACCCCACCAAGAAAAAAGCUAAAGGAGGCAAAUGGGUCUUCAUUUCUCACGACCCAAUUGAACCCCAUUUGAUUUUAUCGCAUCUUUUCCCAUCAAAAUCAACUCAACCAGUAAAAAAUGUUACUGAGGUUGCUGAUUUACAUAGCCUUGUGUUCAGAUUUGAACCUUUGAUUAUUGCAGUGGAGUGUAAGGAUAUUGAGGCAGCUCAAUUUUUGGUUUCUUUAGCUAUUUCGUCGGGGUUUAGGGAGAGUGGUAUUACUAGUGUUAAUAAAAGAGUGAUUAUUGCUAUACGAUGUUCGAUACGAUUGGAAGUGCCAUUAGGGGAUACCGAGAAGAUAAUGGUGUCUCCUGAGUAUGUAAAGUAUCUUGUUGAGUUAGCAAAUGAGAAGAUGGAGGUUAAUAGAAAAAGAACUGAUAAUUUUCUUGAUGUAUUGUUGAAAAAUGGGUUUUUGGGUUCACAGAUUAGUAGUGGAGAAGUGGACUGUGAUGAUUCUGAUUUGUUGGAAAAUUCUUUGGUUAAUGGUGUUAGUGGGAAUGGAAAUGCUAAAAGGAGAGACUUUGAUGAUUCUUGUUCCGGAUCAGAAGUAGCCCCUGCUAUCAACCUACACACUGUUAAAUUGGUGAUUUCUGGUGAAUCAAUUGAAAGGCUAUUUCUCUGGGGCCACUCUGCUUCUACCAUGGAUAAUAUAGAUAAAAAGAAGCUUCUCAUAUUUGGUGGCUUUGGAGGAAUGGGAAGGCAUGCACGAAGACAUGAUCUAUUGCUUCUUGAUCUAGAAUGUGGAAGGAUGGAGGUGCUUGAUGUUCUGGAUGCCCCUUGUCCACGCGUGGGCCAUACAUCAUCCAUGAUUGGAGAUUCAAUGUAUGUGAUUGGAGGAAGAGCUGACCCUUCAAAUAUUCUGAACGAUGUGUGGGUUUUCAACGUGACAAAGAGUGAUUGGAGGCUGUUAGAGUGUUCGGGCACUCCAUUCCUCCCAAGGCAUAGACAUGCUGCAGCUGCUGUAGGUUCAAAAAUUUAUGUAUUUGGGGGAAUUCACAGUGAUAUGAUAUUCUCAUCUCUGUAUGUGUUCGACACACAAAACAUUGAAUGGAGCGAAGUACAAGUUCAAGGGGAUUUGCCAUGUGCACGCCAUUCUCAUUCAAUGGCAGCAUAUGGGACUCAAAUAUUUGUAUUUGGGGGAUAUGAUGGGCAGAAGGCUCUAGGGGACCUGUAUAGUUUUGAUGUGAAAACAUGUAUAUGGAAGAAGGAAAAGAUGAUUGGAAGACCACCAUCAGCAAAAUUUUCCCAUUCUAUGUUUAUUUAUAAGAAAUAUCUUGGGAUAAUUGGGGGAUGUCCUGUUAGUCAACAUAAUCAGAGAUUAUCAUUACUCAAUCUGGAAUCUCAUUGGUGGAAGCAUAUUUCUAUCAGUUCUAUUGGUGAAGGCCUGUUUGUUCGUUGUACAGCAAAUAUUGUUGAUACUGACCUAAUAAUGAUUGGUGGUGGGGCAGCCUGUUAUGCAUUUGGAACAAAGUUCAGCGAACCAGUGAAAAUAAAUCUGUUACCUUUGAUAUCACUAAUAGAAAGUUCCAUGCAUUUACCUGAAGAAAAUAUGCAUGCCAUUUGUCAAGAAGAAAAAACAAUGGGAGAAAUGAACGUUUCCUUUUGUUCCCCACAGAAUGCAGUGGAACCAGUAACAAAUGGAAGCUUUCAUCAGAAUUCAGAGGGUGUAGAUUCUGGAAUUGCUAGAAGUCAGAUGGUCGCUUCCCAUUGGGUUCUUCGGCUCAAAAAGAAAGAUGCGAAAAUGGCAAAGGAUAUGUUGAAAAAAUUCGGAUGGUUAGAUCUCGGGAGAAAAGCCCAUUCGCAGGAAGAUGGAAAGGAUAUUUGUUUCCCUGUUACAGAAAAUUUCCGUGCGUUAUUCAACCAGAGAAAUAACCUGGGAGGUGUUUCUGAAUCUGUUUGUCAAUCAGAGAAAGAUACCUGCAUGAUAGUCGUGAACAUUCUGAUUGAAUGUGGAGCAACUAUACUAGCUGAUGAAAUCGUCAAAGUUAAAAAAGCUUCACAUUCUCCAUUCAAAGUGAUGAAGGAAGCUGUAGGCUCUUUGCUAAGUGACCGAGGUCUGCCAUUGCAACUUCUAGAGGAGUUACCUUCGAGAUGGGAACGACUUGGUGAUAUUGUUGUGCUUCCUUUAACAUCCUUCAAGGAUUCAGCAUGGGACUUGAUUGGACAAGAGCUUUGGUUUAUCAUCGCAAAAUCCCUGGGGGCUAUUCGCCUUGGUCGACAAGGGCGAGUUGCACCAACUGGUACACGGGACAGUACUUUAGAGAUUCUUGUUGGAGAUAAUGGUUGGGUCAACCACCGAGAAAAUGGAAUUCUUUAUUCUUUUGAUGCUACUAAGUGCAUGUUUUCAUGGGGUAAUCUCUCUGAGAAGCUUCGGAUGGGCCACUUUGACUGCAAAGACGAAGUUAUAGUAGAUUUAUUUGCUGGCAUUGGAUAUUUUGUGCUGCCCUUCCUAGUGAGGGCCAAAGCCAAGCUUGUGUAUGCUUGUGAAUGGAAUCCCCAUGCAGUUGAGGCACUUCGUCAUAAUCUUGAAGCUAAUCUUGUUGCUGACCGCUGUGUCUUACUCGAAGGAGAUAAUCGAAUUACAGCGCCAAAAGGUGUAGCUGAUAGAGUGUGUCUCGGUCUCAUUCCUACAAGCGAGGGUAGUUGGAUUACCGCUGUCAGAGCAUUGAGAGACGAGGGUGGUAUAUUGCACAUCCAUGGCAAUGUCAAAGAUUCUGAAGAAAAUGUCUGGACAAACUAUGUUUCCCAGUCAAUCCAAGAAAUUGCUAGAUCCGAAGGUCACAACUGGGACGUAACAGUAGAACAUGUCGAGAGAGUGAAGUGGUACGCGCCUCAUAUUCGUCAUCUUGUUGCAGAUGUCAGCUGCAAAAUGAUUCAGACAUAAAAAUCCCCAUUUGAAGGUUUAAGAAAAAUUGUUGCUGAGGGGUUCACCAUCUUAGAUUAGAGGGGUGAUAUAUUAAUGAUGUUAUGUGUGAAGUGUGUGUAGUUACUAGUAGCAUUUUUUGGAUUGAUUUGUGUAAUUUUGUAUACUAUAUACGAGUAUACAAUUAGUUCGAUUUGCAUCAUUAUGUUCAAUAAAAAGGAAUGAGUGAAGCUAAAAUCGUGAUGUAAAUGAGAAUUGGUUACGUAAAAGGAAUAUUGGAUUUGUGGUUGUAUACCACUAGUUUCUCUUCACAUACAAACCCAACACAA